AAGACAGAGAGAGAGGGCACAGAUACGCCAUUGUUUUCUACAGAAAAACAUCCCUUUCACCAUCUUCCGUCUCCCCCGCCCACUCUCUCUCCGCCACUUGCCCUCCGCCAUAGCUCUCACGCCUCGACACGUUUCUCUUCUAUAUCAUCCCUCUCCCUCUCAACACCUUCUUUCAGCCUCUGUUAAUCCUUCUCUCUUAGGUUUUCUGCUCUGCUACUGAAGAACUUUGGUGGAAUUCGGUUUCGGAUUUCAAAAUCAGAGUGUGGAAUAUACACCAAGAAUUGUGAGCCAUGGAUCAAUCAGAGCGUUCACAGCAUCAGCAACAAUCACAGCAGCCUGCAGGCGGUGUGGGCGGUGCGGGCGGUGCAGGCACAUAUUCUAAUCCUUACCAAACAGCUCCGUUGGUGGCUUCCGGAACACCCGCCAUUACAGUUCCCCCAACUCAGCUUGCCUUUCAGCAGGCUCAGCACUUCCACCACCACCAGCAACAACAGCACCAAAUGUUUUGGGCAAACCAAAUGCAAGAGAUUGAACAAACAACUGACUUCAAGAACCAUAGUCUCCCCCUUGCUCGAAUCAAGAAGAUAAUGAAAGCGGAUGAAGACGUUCGAAUGAUUUCAGCUGAAGCACCCGUUGUAUUCGCAAAGGCGUGUGAAAUGUUCAUCUUGGAAUUGACUCUACGAUCCUGGAUUCAUACAGAAGAGAACAAAAGGAGAACUUUACAGAAGAACGAUAUCGCAGCUGCAAUUUCGAGGACCGAUGUCUUCGAUUUCUUGGUUGAUAUUAUUCCUAGAGACGAACUGAAAGAGGAAGGCCUCGGAAUCACUAAAGCCUCUAUUCCUGUAGUUGGUUCCCCAGCUGAUAUUCCUUAUUACUAUGUUCCCUCGCAGCAUCCAGUUGGUGCGACGGGGAUGAUCAUGGGGAAGCAAUUGGAUCAAGCGAAUGUGUACGGUGCCACUGCUCAACAGCCACGACCACCUAUGCCGUUCAUGCCAUGGCCGCACACUCAACCUCAGCAGCAGCAGCAGCAGCAAUGAGCUCAGCAGCAAAGCGACAUGUAGGUAAAAAGUAGUACGUGUUUUCAGGACAGUCGUGAUAGAUCGAUAGAGAGGCGAUGUCGACUGUGUAGAUUAGUUCAUAAAAGAAGAUCUCUUAGUAGAGGACUUGUGAAUGAGGAGAAGCUGGGCAGUUGAGUUUGUAUGAUGAGAGGGUGUUCAUCUCUUAUUACUCUGACUAUCUAUUACUGUAAUGACAACAAUGCAUGUGGAAGAAGAGGAUCCAACUUUGCCAAAAAAACAACUUUAAUUGUAA